CUUUGUAAAUAUUGGCACCGGCGGUGCGCGAUGCAGAGUGGCGCGUUUCUCUGGAUGCUGGGGCUUCCUUUGAGCGGACUACCGAUGGAUUUUCACCGUGUAGCGGUUUUAUUUCGCCCGUGAGAAGAAGCGAGGGCUUCGCUAAUAAUUGGGAUUCAUUACGCCAAUAUUUUCCAGGUGUAUUUUCUUUUUUGGGGGUGUUGUGGGAGAAGUGACGGGCAGCAUGCUGCUCUCUAAACUGGGCUCCUUCUCCCACAUGUCGUCCAGCAUGGAUCUACCGGCGAAGCUGCAGCAAGCUAAAGCAGACAAGCAGCCGUUUGACAAGCUGUACCGGCUGGACUCGGUGCUCGGCAGCGGAGGAUUCGGUACCGUCUACUCGGCGGUCCGCCUCGCCGACGGGCUGCCGGUGGCAGUGAAGCAUGUGUGCAGAGACAGAGUGACUGAGUGGGGCUCUCUGAGUGGCUCGGUGGUUCCUCUGGAGAUCGUGCUGCUGGAGAAGGUGGACGGGGCGCUGGGUGGUGUGGUGCAGCUGUUGGACUGGUGGGAGCAGGCGGACGGCUGGCUGAUCGUGAUGGAGCGUCCCGAGCUGGGGCAGGACUUGUUCGAUUACAUAACGGAGCGCGGCGUGCUGGACGAGGCAGCGGCACGCGGCUUCCUGCUGCAGGUGCUUGAGGCGGUGCGCCACUGCUACACAUGCGGGGUCAUCCACCGGGACAUCAAGGACGAGAACCUGCUGGUGGACCUGAGGACCGGACAGAUCAAACUCAUCGACUUCGGCUCCGGGGCCCUCCUCAAAGACACGGCCUACACUGAGUUCGAUGGUACGCGGGUGUACAGUCCUCCGGAGUGGAUCCGGUUCCGCCGGUACCACGGCCGCUCGGCUACCGUCUGGUCUCUGGGUGUGCUGCUGUACGACAUGGUUUGUGGGGACAUCCCCUUCGAACAGGACGAGGAGAUCCUGAGAGGACACGUCUACUACAGACGUGAAGUCUCAUCAGAGUGCCAGCAGCUGAUUGGCUGGUGCCUGAGCCAGCAGCCGUCGGAGCGGCCGACCCUGGAGCAGAUCCUCCUCCACCCCUGGAUGACGGGCAGCGACAGGCAGCAGACGGACAACGCCAGCAUCACGCUGCACGCCAUCUCAGCCGACUCUUCGUCCUCGUCUUCCUCCUCCAGCCAGCAGAGCCUCUGAUUGGUCGACACGAGGCUGCCGGAGGGUUGCAGCACUGACUUGAUUGACAGCGGUCUUCCAGUGGCAUUCGAAUGCCCUUGUUUAUGCGGCAUUGGCCCUGUGAGGAAGUGUUUGGGUCGCAGUUCAGGAAUGCGGUAGACUCUGUGCUGCUCCACAGCGCCCCCUCCUGAUCACAGACGAUAGAGCAGCUCUUUAAGAGCCUCGACACUUGUCUGGUGUUCUUGUUUCAAAGUGCCUUGAGAUUCAAAACUGCUAUGGUGUGCUUUUCCGUGGCAAACCAGCUUGGUUGCUGGAGGUGUGGAGGGUUAUUCAGAGGUUCCUAAUUAAGUUUGAACUGAAUAAGACAAGUGUUAUUGAUCUACUCAGCAAGAAAGUGAAAUAGGAGUUCCCAAAAUGUCAAAUGUUUACAGGAGCAACCCUCCCUGUAGUGUGGGGCGAAGGACCUUCACCUGCUGAUGUUGUGGGAUACUUAAAACACACAUUCAACACACACCUCUGUAGAGCUGGGAGUCUAAAGUUUCCAUUUUCGAGUUUAACUGUUUUCUUCCUUUCCUUUGUCUGGAAACAUUAUGUCCUCCAUAUUAUCUCUCUCCCGCAGUCUCUGGGUGUAAAAUGCACAGUCAAUGCAAAUAUUCUGUUUUGUAUUAUGAAUAUACUGUAUGUAUUUGUUUUCUAUGUAUUUCUAUAUCAUUUGUACAUUUGUUUUAUACAUUUUUACAUUUUAUUUAUUUAGUAAAGAGACAUUCCCCCGUCCUGUGAUUAUUUAUUUCUUAUUUUUGUAAUUAUUUUUUGUCUUUCUGAAAACAAACUCCAGAAUCUCAUUUGCUUUUUGUGUUAUGUUCAAUUCUGAAAGAAAGUAUUUUUUCAUUGAAAUCUUUCAAAAAUAAAAGUUUGUAUGAAAACAAUGUAAACAAUAAGUUUUCUGUGUGAUGU